AUGAGUCAUAGAAUCGAUUCUCUCGAAGAGUUCCUGGGAAAGGGAGAAAAAAGUUCUUGGGAAGAAAUAAAGAGAGUAGUCACGGCAGAAGCCCUAGGUAAAGAAAAAGAUCCUCUCGAUAAAGCAUUUGAGAUUCAUGACAAACUUCGCCAUAUUGCUGAAACAAGUACUGAGAAUACGAGAGCGAUUGAAAAGUUAGCUGAUAGAGUGGAAGACUUUGCUUUUGAUUUAUUGGAUCAAGUGAAAAGCAUUGAAGAAGAAGACAUACACGAUAAAGCUGCAGACCGUUACGCCUCCCUGUUCAGUGAAAUAACGACAAAAGCAAUAGCUAAAGAACAGCAAAAGUUUGUAUCCCAUCCAUUCAUAUUUAAAAGAGUAGAAAAACGAUGGAAGCUUGGCUUAUCGAAGGACUUUCAGUCUCGACUACCUCAUCGCCUUCUUCUCUUGCUGAUCAUGAUGCUUGACGCAAUACUAACUCCAUUAAUGCUCCUUGUCAAUGCAUACGUUGCAUACAAAGACCAGCAGAGGCACUUCGGUAAAAAGAGUGAAAGUAAUGUAAGCUCACCCGGAAACAAAAGGAAAAAAAGACGGAGAUUCGCCGAUUUCCUAGACUAACUCAGAAAUUGAGUGGAAAUUCUCCCGCGCAGAUAUUGAGGAACAGUACAGACGCAUGCACGUAGUUGUAGUCCCGUUCAACAUAUUUUCUGAGCCGUUGAAGGCCUUAUAUUUGGCAAAAUAUUCGGAUCGUCGAGACAAGGUAAAGGAGGAACGGAAGAAGAAGUACAAGGAGUUCUUCCAAGUUUUUUUUUUCCCUAAAGUAACGGAGCGCUACAAGAU